CGACUACCCCCGAGAACAACCCACUACAAUAUCAGCAACCAGCACCACCACCACCACAUCCACCACCAGCACCACUACUACCACCACCACGCUACCUCCAGCGUCCGAACCCGGAAAAAGACGAAGACGAGAGAUAUCCCUUGCCCGCAGCCAAUAUGUUUCCCACGGGCGCCGGCCACCAGCUGGAUCUGAACCACCUGUGGCAGCAGGUACAGGAGCUGUCGGCGGUGCUCGCUGCAAACAGGGAGAGCACUGUGGGGCUGGUCAAGAAGGCGGAUGAGAUUCGGCAUAGAGGUGGCGAUCCGGCGGAUGCGGCGGCGUGCCUAGUCAAUGGAAACGGUACCGGCUCGGGUUCUAUACCCACGCCGCGAGAGCUCUACCUCGAAGAGCAGAAUAAAAUGCUACAGGAAGAGAUUACACAGUUGCGGGGGGAGAACGAGGACCUUGGAUUGCUGGCGCAGGACUACGAGACGGUGCUGGAGAAGGUGUUGGAAGGGCUGCGGAUAUACGCUCACGAACACAGCAUCGCGACGAUAAACAUCCACUCCUCAUACACCAACCAGCUCAACAAUGAGCGCGCACAGAACGCGGCGCUGCGACAGCGGGAGAUCGAUAACAACGCGCGACUGACGACUCUCAGCCAGUUACUGCGCGAGGCGUAUCAACUGGAGACGGUGCUCGAGCCGGAUAUCGUCAUUGAGCGGCUGAAGGCCGAGAAUGUGGCGCUGAGAACGGCGCUGGGUGUUGAAGAGGAUCCGGAUUGUACCGAGGAGGUGGAUUGAUCGAGGUGAGGGGAGGGGAGGGAGGGGGUUUUGUUUUUUUAGGCGCCGCACACCAGCGUUUGUUUGUUCGUUCACUACAGAUGAUGUUUGUCACAUUGUGAUUUGUUACCAUAAUGAAUACCACCAUCUAUGUACUUUCCAUACCCAACUACAUACAAUCUCCUCUCUUUGCAUUGUUAUGUUUCCCGCUGGCAAAGAAAUCGGUAUAUACAGGGGGUUUUGUGUUGUGCUGACUCUGCGUUAGAGUACCGUACUGCCCU